ACCAAACCUUCUACCACGUCACUCUGGUUUUUUUUUCUUGGGGGUUGCGCUCUAAGGGGGAUCCUUGUACUAUAUCAUCUACCUACUAGGGAGUGAAGUUCGACGGGCUCCUCGUCAAAGCCAUAUACCCCUCUCAGCUGCUACUCUUCCCUGCCCGGCACCGCACCGCACCGCACCUCGCCCAGCCUCCGCUCCGAAAACACCAUCACCAACAGACCACCACAAGCUCAAUCCGGUAAACAACCUCCAACCCAGUUCAUGCCCCCGCGCCGCCGACCUCCGCGAGCGGGCUCUCGUACCGACCUUCCCCCGCUGAAGAUCGUCCGGAAGAUCCUCCUCCUACAAGUGGCCUACUAUGGCACCGCAACGGCGCUGAUCCUCUUCACGACGCUGGUCUACGGCACGGUUUUCUCGCUGGACCUCGUCUUCAGCUGGAAUGCGCUCCGCGGAGAUACCACCAUCGGGUGGAUGCUGGGGUUGGUCUGGAUGUUGACCAGUGGGAUUGGUGCAAUCUUCCUCCUCCUGCUCGUCUCCCGAUCGAAACUCAUCCCCGACUUUUCCCUCACAUUACACUUCCUGCAUCUGAUCGCCACGACGCUGUACUCGCAUUCCGUGCCGGCGAAUUGGCUCUGGUGGGGACUGCAGGGCGCGAGUGCCGCGUUUAUGACCUUCCUGGGUAUCUGGGCCUGUCGGUGGAGGGAGCUGCAGCCGAUUAGCUUUGGAGGGGUGUCUGGUUCCGGUUCUGCCACCGGUGAUGGUGGUGGUGGUGGUGGUGGUAGACCAGGCUCACAGCAGACGACAGCGGCGGAGGAACAGGCGGACAUCUCGUUCUCCCUGUCGACGGGACGGGGACGAGGUCGGAAUAUGCGGGAGGGUAGUGGGGAUGAGUAUGAAAUGGCGGAUAUGAAGGGGGUGGGGAGCGAGGAGGCGGUAUAGAUUUCACUUACUGUGUUUUUUAUUCUUUCGAUUGUUGGCUGUUUAUUUGACAUCCGGGUUUAUAUAUUAUGACUUUGACUGUGACCGACUGUGCUAUUAUUUGGGGGCUCUUGGUGGUUCGUGAUGCGCUGGAGGAAGAGCUCUGGUUUAAUAUCUUUACUGCUACUAUAUCAUGUAGACCCUAGCUGGCUGGCACCAGCAUAGAUGGUCAAUUUGUUGUUUUGGAAUAUAGUUUUUGAGUGCUUAGUGGCUAGUGGUUCGUGCUGCUGAAUGUCCGGAGAAGGCGCCGGGGGCUGUUAUCUGAUGGGGCCAAUCAGGGUCCGGCCAUUCGGCGACAUGCGCCUAUGACAUCGCCGCGACCGGGAUGGGGUGAUAAGCCGG